AUGCCUAUUCUUGCAGCCAUCGCUGCUGCUCAUCAUGGAGAUCACGGCAGUGCUAGUAGUUCCAUGCCUAGCGACCAUCACGAUAUGGCUUCUAUGUCCAGUGGUCACCAUACGGGAUCCACCACGGUAACAUCCAAGCCAUCUGCUGGUACUGCUGCUGCUACAAGUAGUACUAAUGGUUCUCAGUCUACUAAGAAAACUACACAAGCUUCCGGUUCAACAACAAAAACAACACAAUCCGGAAAUGGUGCUGGUCAAGCCCUGGCUGGAAGUGCAGCCCUCUUCCUUUUAGUAUGGUCAUUAAUCUAG